CUCUUACAACUUGACUUAGUCACCGCUGAGAUAUUAAACCUGAAAAUGUCUUACGUCGCUAAGAACUCCACUGAAAAGGCCGGUCUCGAGGAACAGGCCCAGCCCAAGAUCCAUCGUAUCCGCAUCACCUUGACCUCCCGCAAUGUCAAGAACUUGGAAAAGGUCUCUGCUGAUCUUAUCCAGCGUGCCAAGGACAAGCAGCUCAAGGUGAAGGGUCCCGUCCGUCUCCCCACCAAGGUUCUCCGUAUCACCACCCGUAAGUCUCCUUGCGGUAACGGUUCCGAGACCUUUGACCGUUUCGAGAUGAGAAUCCACAAGCGUUUGAUCGACUUGCACUCUCCCUCCGAGAUUGUUAAGCAGAUCACCUCCAUCUCCAUCGAACCCGGAGUUGAGGUUGAGGUCACCAUCGCUUAAAGCGUUUACUAGGAUCUAAAGCUCAUCACUUGUGAUGGCGAGACUGCUAAUGUUCAUAAAUAAAAUAUCUUUUAUGGCAUUGCCUUUUCAUCC